CAGAAGACCCUCUUCUUCCAUUCCGAGAUUUCUUCUCUUCCUCACAAUAAUCUCUCUCUAACUCUCUCUCUCUCUCUCUCUCUCUCUCUCUCUCUCUCCUUCCCCUGUUUCUCUUACCAUCAUUCAAUCUCCCCCCCAACCUCUCCCCUAAAUUUCCUUCUCUUCCUUGUCUUUCUCUCUCUUACCUCCCAGCCUCCAAUGGCUGCUGCUUUUCUUUCCCCUUAAUACUUUCUCUCUCUCACUUAAAUGCAAACGACAGGAUGGCCUUCCUGAGGAUUUCCUCUUCCUUCCCACUUCUCGGCCUCCUGUCUCUCUCUCUCCUCCUCACCACCACCACCUCCCUGACCACCACCACCACCGGCAUCCGCCUCAGCAUCAUCCGAAAACCCACCCCGAAUGUCCCCAUCUUCCGCGAAGCCCCAGCGUUCCGCAACGGCGAGACGUGCGGGUCCCCCGCCGCCGACCCGAUUCACGUCUCCAUGACCCUCGACGCCAAUUACCUCCGGGGCACCAUGGCCGCCGUGCUAUCCAUCCUGCAGCACUCCACGUGUCCCGAAAACGUCAUGUUCCAUUUCCUCUGUUCCCGGCUGGAACCCGAGAUACAUUCCAGCAUCAAGUCGACAUUUCCUUACCUCAGUUUCCGGGUGUACCGGUUUGAUCCGAACCGGGUUCGGGGCAAGAUAUCGAAAUCGAUUCGCCAGGCUUUGGACCAGCCGUUGAAUUACGCGAGGAUUUAUUUGGCUGAUAUUAUUCCGGUUGAGGUUAAGAGGGUGAUUUACCUGGAUUCUGAUAUUGUUAUGGUGGAUGAUAUUGCUAAGCUGUGGGGAGUGGAUUUGGGGGACAAAGUAUUGGCUGCACCGGAAUAUUGCCAUGCAAAUUUCACCAGGUACUUCACAGACGCGUUCUGGUCCGACCCGGAAUUUGCGGGCACAUUCGGAAACAGACAGCCAUGUUACUUCAACACAGGGGUAAUGGUGGUGGAUGUGGAUAAAUGGAGACAAGGUGGUUACACCCAGAAAGUUGAGGACUGGAUGGUGGUUCAGAAGCAAAAGAGGAUUUACCAUCUGGGUUCAUUGCCACCAUUCUUGCUUGUUUUGGCUGGAAACAUAAAGGCCAUUGAUCACAGGUGGAACCAGCAUGGCCUUGGGGGUGAUAACAUUGAAGGGAAAUGCAGGAGUUUGCACCCUGGUCCCAUUAGUUUGCUCCAUUGGAGUGGAAAAGGGAAGCCUUGGUUGAGAUUGGACUCGAGAAAACCCUGCACCGUCGAUCAUCUUUGGGCCCCUUACGAUCUAUACCGUUCAUCCAAACAUACUUUCGAAGAAUAGAGUUUGCUGACCCGGACAUCCCCGACCUUCAAACCAAAAGAA